UCUCAUCGUACCAACAUCAACGCAUUAUGGACUCACAGUAUUCUCAAUUCAGCCAACAGCAACAGGCUUAUGAUGUUAAUCCUUACCACCAGCCUUAUCAAGGUCCCAUGUAUCCUUUGCCCGGAUCUUCGUCGAACCACAGCGCACCUGUUCCAGCGAAUGCGUAUGAAUAUGAUGUCGGCAUACUUGCGCAACAGAGUGUCUAUGUUCCUGGGGCUAUGAUCGACAAGCGUGGAGGCGCUGGUGGGAAACUUGCAAAGGGUGGAAAGCGCACCACCGUGCUCCGUAAGGGUGGUGGAAAGGUCUGGGAAGAUCAGACUCUUCUAGAAUGGAAUCCAUCUUGGUUCCGCUUGUUCGUAGGAGAUCUUAGCAACGAUGUCUCCGAUGAUGUCCUCGCGAAUGCCUUUAAUAAAUACACAUCUUUCCAGAAAGCUCGUGUCAUACGCGACAGGUUGAGCCAGAAGGCUAAGUAUGGUUUCGUCGCCUUUUCAGAUCCAGAAGAUUUCCUCAAAGCUUGGAAAGAGAUGGAUGGUAAAUAUGUAGGUAACCGUCCAGUCAAGCUCAAGAAGGCGGAUGAUACUGCUAUCCGACCUGUAGAGAUAGGGCACCGAAAGGCUAGACAGCUCGAAAAGGACUUGAAGAAGAAUAGAGGCAAACCAUACUAAUCGGUCGCCGCUGUGCGUUUAGACGAUGUGGCUGGUCUACGAAGACAUUGCCAGUAUGUUUUAUUUUUUGAUACUGGAGCGCAGCUCACCGUGUUAUGUAUUUCAACUAUGAAAUUAUGAUAAUUGGACACCGUGCAUACUAAAGCCACACGAUCAUAGUGGGUACCGUCCCUUGAUUCCUCACGCACCCACUUCGUUUUCUGCAUUUUACAGUCAGGCCUGCUAUACGCACUUUCUUCAAAUUGCUUGUUGAGCAAGUAUAUGCAAUGUAAGUACGGGGGACGCUGUCGUCCGCUGUGAUAAGCCGGAUGCCCAUCGCUGUAGAAAUUUUGUAUGCGUAGACUUAUAGUCACCCCCUACAAGAAUGAAGACAGU